UUAAAUGUCAUUCCUCCAAGCCGAUACUACGCUCCGUAGGAGAGGUAUACCCAAACUCGGAUUUGCAGAAUAUACGUCGUUUGAGCAAGAAAGAACGCAGAGAUGACACCAACGCAAGAGAAACCUCAGCUUCGAUGGGGCAUCAUUGCCACCGGAUGGAUCUCCUCGAUGUUUGUGCAAGACCUUCUCGCACCUCGAGCAGAUGCCCCCGCCCGCCACAUUGUUUCCUCGAUCGGUUCUUCCUCAGUAGAAAAAGCCAACGCAUUCAUCGAUAAGAUGUGGAAAGCCAGCGCGGAGCCACGUCCGAGCCCGUACGGCACAUACCAGGAGGUCUAUAACGACCCAAAUGUGGAUAUUGUAUACAUCGGGACACCGCACGUCCUUCACAAGCAGAACUGCCUGGACGCGAUUGCGGCGGGAAAGAAUGUUUUAUGCGAGAAGCCUUUCGCGAUGAACGAACGGGAGGCUCAAGAGAUUGUCGACGCUGCUAAAAAUAGGGGAGUCUUCAUUAUGGAAGCCAUGUGGACCAAGUUUUUCCCCGUUGUCCAAGCCCUCUACGAUCAUAUCUACGUUAAAAAGUCAAUUGGCCAGGUGCGCCGUGCAUUUGUGGAUUUCGGGUCCUCAAUGGACUUUGAUGCCAUCCCAGGCGAUUCGCGCCUGAAAGACCCAAAGCUAGGAGCUGGAGCUAUACUCGAUAUAGGAAUCUAUACUCUCACAUAUGCGUCGAUUAUCAUGGGCGAGGGCAAGUUAGGCGACGAGCAUCCCCACCCCAAAAUAUCUUCCUCUAUGGAAAUUAUCAACGGCGUCGACGAGUCCGAUAGUGUGAUUCUCACCUACGAUGCUGGCGCAGCCAAGAAGACUGCCGUGUGUACCGCGACAAUGCGCGUAAAAGGUUCCCCCGACUUUGCUCGAGUUGAUGGCAGUGAGGGAUCGAUAACUGUGUUUUCUGAUAUCGGACCAAGCUGCCCUAAAGGAUUCAGAGUGACAAGGGAGGGAGAAGAGCCAGUUGUUUAUCGGUUUGACUCUCCUGAAGGCACUCUAGGAUUUUUCUACGAAGCAGAUGCUGUUGCUUGUGAUAUUGCCCAGGGCAAACUCGAGAAUGAUGUGAUGCCAUUGAGCGAGACUCUAAGAAUGAUGAGGUUGAUCGACGAGUGCCGUCGUCAGAAUGGGCACAAGUAUCCGCAAGACGACGCUUGAUCUUGAUCACAGGGGGUUCUACAGCUAUUGAUCGCCCCUCGUGUAUAUAUAUUUAUCUUAUUUAGGACAAUGGGGAUAUUUGGUGUGGUGAC